AUGGGUGGUGCACGUUGUGUCAGGGACAGGUGCGUGGGCGGAGGAGCUCCCGUGAAACCAGCGAAACACCAUAUUCGGCCCGUAAAAUAUGUGGGACCAUCGAAACCGCAUCAUCGGAAACCAGCGCGAGAUAUGUGUGAAAAAGGAUGGUCGUAUUACAAGAAUCAUUGCUAUACGGUGCAUGGAGGCAGGCUAAAAUAUAGUGAAGGAGUAGAGAAAUGCACUCAACAAGGCGCUCAACCCGUGUGGUUCAACCAGACCGACGAAGCGGUCUAUCGAAAGGAGCUGAAGUUUGCAAAUGGUAUGUUGUUUUUUUUUGAGUGCAAAGUAAAGUAA